AUGUCCUCGCCAAAUCGAUCCUCAUCUUCGGAUCAUCUAUCAACAAAGUCUGCGACAAGUGCCAUAACAUCGACGCAGGAUGAAGUGCCAGGGAACAAAGAUGAGGGCAAAGAUAACACAAGAUUGAUCCAUAGAGAUGUUAACAAACUUACCGAUGAGAUGUUUGGAAAGGUGGCUGAAUACUUGAGGGCUGAGAUGUUGGCUACAACGGAAGACUAUAAACUAUUAGAAACCAUGAAUAAUGUUACUCGAGAAAGAUAUAAAGAAAUGUCGGCAAUGGCACAGCAAUUAAUGAUAGACGAGAUAUGCGAACAGGUGGACUAUUUGGGGAAAGUGACUGCUGAGUUAGAUGAAUAUUCUAAACACCUGGAGUUGCGGUUGAAGAAGGUAUCAAAGUGA